UUGCUCACAACGCUGAACGCGUCAGAUGCAGACCGUGGUUAUGCGGGUAUUUUACAAUUCGCGUGUUGGGAUGAACUGUUCGAAGUGAAUGUGCACAGUGGUGAGUUGAGGGUUGCGGGUCGUCUUCAUGAAUUGAUGCAUCGUGAGAUAUCAAACAACGAUUCGACAAACGAAAUGAGUAUUCAGCAUCGUUUGAAUAUUAUGGUGUGUGAUAUGGGUGAUCCCGUCAAAUGCACCAACGCUACACUCAACGUUACUGUUGUGGACAGUAACAACAAUGCACCUUUAUUCGAUAAGGUCCUUUCAUACUCAUCUUCAUAUUUGUGGUUUCCUUAA